AUGUCAGCUGCGCAAGGCUUUGCUUACGAGCUACAGGGUAAUGUUUUAAAAGAACGUAGGGUAGGCCAUUAUCGGAUAAAGUAUCUCAUCAGUUUCAACAAAAAAGGCAUGGUGAUAACAGGGAAAUCCAGGAAUAAACUAGAUCAAACUUCCUUCCUCAAGUGGGAAUACCAGCUUCCAUUAGUGGUUCAGGAGGCCUUGGGUGGCCGCAGCAGGCAUUGCGCAUCUGAAUUAAAGCUGCUUUUAACGUGCGUGCGGGUUAGCGGGCUGAACAUUGGAAACACUAACAGCAGGAGCCUUCUCAUCAAGCCGCUUAGGAAAAACUACUCACCAAGCAUUUCCCGGCGAAUGCCGCGCUACGUGGUCAGCGCCAAACGGCAUCCUGCGUUUUGCCUAUCCGUCGCUGCUGUGCUGUUGACCAUGCUUCAUACAGCAACUGUAGCAUCUUUGGCUGAGGUCAUGGACGGCCGCGGCCAGGCGGUUGGGGGCGGCACCGGUCUCCUGGAUGGGAGCAGCUGGGCCCUUGGAGGCGACGUCAUGGAUGGAGCUAGUGGACGCAACACCGGCAUAACGCGCCUUCAGCGUCGCAGCCUUCAGCAAACAGGGACGACAGCGGUAAUAGUCCUUCCAUCGGUUCCUAUUAGUGGAGCCGUCCAGAAUCUCUUAUCGGCAAACUCGCUCUAUGCUGUCAAGUACGCGGGUACAUCGGCGACUGAAGUACACGUCACCACCGCCAGUAGCAAUUACAACAGGUUCAGUUUACAGACCCCGACUGCUCUCCCUAUCACCAGCCCUGCCACAUGGAAAUUCAUGCUGGGCUCGAAUGAAGACAUCUAUGCUGUAAAUCUCACUGAAAUCAGGAAGCCUGAACUCUUGGUGCUCUCCAGGACCAGCUCUUAUCGUUCAGUGAGUCUUCGAGCAACCAUCGGAAUACCGUCCGGCAUUAUCACCAAUCCUACGGCCGUCCAAUUUGACCUGGGUACGAAUGACGAUCUCUACUUGGCCGGGUGUGCUUUUCGCGGUACCAAAUGUAUCGGGCGCUGCAUCAGCGCCUUCAGUUGCCUCACAAAUACCUUCAACAGCAGUCAGCUGCUGCAGAACCCGUUUAGCUUAAUAGGCGGCGGGUCAAUCUACACGGGGAGCGGGUACCUCUUCGACGACCUCCCAAUCGGCCCGCUAGUGGAGAUACCCCGCAGAUUGUCAUCCACGGCGCAGCUCUGUCCCUUUCUGACUUUAACGGGCAGCCAAAUAGACAUGCUGGCCUGGAGCAUCAAUGGAAACGUGGGAGGCCUCAAUCCUUCACGGCUUGGAAGCGUAUACAUGGCGUUUGUCGCCAUUAACGAUUUCCUCACGUCAUCCAUGCCCUACGUGGUUGGCUUCAUCGCACCCUACUUCUACAUUUCCACUAUCCGCGGCUGCCUGUGA